AUGAAAUUUCUCCAUUUCUUAUCCCUAAUUCUUUUGGCUAUUUUUAUCACCAUCUCUCAGAAUUGCGCUCCUACAGUAUCUACAGUAACCACCGCUCCAAAUUGUUGUGCUUGGCCUUUUACAACAAAUUUCAUCAAUACAGCAAAUGCUACAGUACAAUCCUGUUUAACAUCAUCAAUCAAUUUUUUCUGUGUGAAUACAGCUGGCAACGGGUUAGCUACAAUCUUGGGAAAUGUUUCUUCGGUUUCUGCAGUUGCCACGUCAUCACAAUUAAUUGGAGGUUUAUCCACAAAUGCUACUGUGACUUUGGUUUGUAAUACAACAACUGGAUAUUAUAAUUUUAUUUUGCCUGGGAGUACUGUAAUCAAUUCGACGAGUUAUACUACUUAUGGGUGUGGAUAUCAAGCUAAUAGUACUGUAAUUCAAUCUUGA